AGGGAGGCAAACUUCUUAGCCGGAAUGAGCAAACUCACUGACUACCAGGUGACUCUGCAGAUCCCUGCUACAAACCUCAGUGCCAAUAGAAAGAGAGGAGCAAUAGUGAGUGAGCCAGCUAUUCAAGUGAGGAGGAAAGGGAAAGGCACGCAAGUUUGGACCAUUGAGAAGCUGGAGAAUAGAUUAAUUGAUAUGAGAGACCUUUAUCAAGAAUGGAAGGAAAAAGUUCCCGAGGCAAAGAGACUUUAUGGGAAACGAGGUGACCCCUUCUAUGAAGCCCAAGAGAAUCACAACCUCAUCGGGGUGGCUAAUGUGUUUUUGGAGUGUCUCUAUUGUGAUGUGAAACUUCAGUAUGCAGUUCCUAUCAUCAGCCAGCAGGGGGAGGUUGCAGGGCGUCUCCACGUGGAAGUGAUGCGCGUCACAGGGGCUGUCCCAGAGCGCGUGGUGGAAGACGACUCCUCAGAGAACUCCAGCGAGAGUGGGAGUCUUGAAGUCGUAGACAGCAGUGGGGAAGUCAUUCACCGAGUCAAAAAACUGACAUGCCGGGUAAAAAUUAAAGAAGCAACUGGGCUGCCCUUAAACCUCUCGAAUUUUGUCUUCUGUCAAUACACAUUCUGGGACCAGUGUGAGUCCACAGUGGCUGCCCCAGUAGUGGACCCAGAGGUGCCUUCCCCACAGUCCAAGGAUGCCCAGUAUAGUGUGACCUUCUCUCACUGUAAGGACUAUGUGGUGAACGUAACCGAGGAAUUCCUGGAGUUCAUUUCAGAUGGAGCGCUGGCGAUUGAAGUGUGGGGCCACCGGUGUGCUGGAAACGGUAGCUCCAUCUGGGAGGUGGAUUCUCUUCAUGCUAAGACAAGAACGCUGCAUGACAGGUGGAAUGAAGUGACUCGCAGAAUAGAAAUGUGGAUCUCCAUAUUAGAACUGAAUGAGUUAGGGGAAUAUGCUGCAGUGGAGCUUCACCAGGCGAAAGACGUCAACACUGGAGGCAUCUUUCAGCUCAGACAGGGUCAUUCCCGGAGAGUGCAAGUCACAGUAAAACCUGUACAGCAUUCAGGGACACUGCCACUUAUGGUUGAAGCCAUCCUGUCAGUAUCUAUUGGCUGUGUGACUGCCCGGUCCACCAAGCUCCAAAGAGGGCUGGACAGUUACCAGAGAGAUGAUGAGGAUGGUGAUGAUAUGGAUAGUUAUCAGGAAGAAGACUUAAACUGUGUAAGAGAGAGGUGGUCUGAUGCACUCAUUAAGCGACGAGAAUACUUAGAUGAACAGAUUAAAAAAAUCAGCAAUAAAAAAGAGAAAACCGAGGACGAAGUGGAGCGGGAAGCCCGGCUUGUGGAGCAGUGGGUGGGGCUGACUGAGGAAAGGAAUGCAGUGCUGGUGCCAGCCCCAGGCAGUGGGAUCCCCGGGGCACCUGCCGACUGGAUCCCUCCACCUGGAAUGGAAACUCACAUACCAGUUCUCUUCCUUGAUUUGAACGCGGAUGACCUCAGUGCCAAUGAACAGCUUGUUGGCCCCCAUGCCUCGGGCGUGAACUCCAUCCUGCCCAAGGAGCAUGGCAGCCAGUUUUUCUACCUGCCCAUCAUAAAGCACAGUGAUGAGGAGGUUUCAGCCAUAGCCUCUUGGGACUCCUCGGUGCAUGAUUCUGUUCACUUGAAUAGGGUCACUCCCCAGAAUGAAAGGAUUUACCUGAUAGUGAAGACCACAGUCCAGCUCAGCCACCCGGCUGCCAUGGAGUUAGUGUUACGAAAACGGAUUGCAGCCAAUAUUUACAACAAGCAGAGUUUCACCCAGAGUUUGAAGAGGAGAAUGUCAUUGAAAAACAUAUUUUAUUCCUGCGGUGUAACCUAUGAAAUAGUAUCCAAUAUACCAAAGGCAACAGAGGAGAUUGAGGACCGGGAGACACUGGCCCUCAUGGCAGCAAGGAGUGAAAACGAAGGCACGUCAGAUGGAGAAACGUACAUUGAGAAGUACACGCGUGGCGUGCUGCAGGUGGAGAACAUUUUGAGCCUUGAGCGGCUCCGGCAGGCAGUCACAGUCAAAGAAGCACUUUCCACCAAAGCCCGGCACCUGCGGAGGAGCCUCAGCACACCGAAUGUGCACAAUGUCUCUUCCAGUCGACCAGACCUUUCUGGCUUUGAUGAAGAUGAUAAGGGUUGGCCAGAGAACCAGUUAGACAUGUCUGACUACAGCUCCAGUUAUCAAGAUGUAGCGUGUUAUGGGACUUUACCCAGGGAUUCACCUCGAAGGAGUAAAGAAGGUUGUACAUCAGAGAAUCCUCAUGCCUUAACAGUCAGCCCUUUUAAAGCAUUCUCUCCUCAGCCACCAAAGUUUUUCAAGCCCCUAAUGCCUGUAAAAGAGGAGCAUAAGAAAAGGAUAGCUCUUGAAGCAAGACCUCUUCUAAGCCAGGAGAGCAUGUCUCCAUCUCAGGCACAUAACCCUGGCUGCACUGUCCCCUCAGGAAGCAAUGGCAGCAGCAUGCCAGUAGAACACAAUAGCAAACGUGAGAAGAAGAUUGACUCUGAGGAGGAGGACAGUGACCUGGAAGCUCUUAACAGGAAGCUGGCAGGCUCACAGCCUUAUGUACCGGUGGAGUUUGCUGACUUCAGUGUUUACAAUGCCAGCUUGGAGAACAAAGAGUGGCUUUCUUCUAAAGUAGAUUUGACGAACUCAAGGGUCUUGGAGAAAGAAGUAUCCCGUAGCCCUACCACCAGCAGUAUUACCAGUGGCUACUUUUCCCACAGUGCCUCCAAUGCCACUCUGUCCGACAUGGUGGUCCCCUCCAGUGACAGCUCAGAUCAGCUAGCCCUUCCGACGAAAGACACAGACUCCAGUGAGCAUUCUGGACUAGCGCUUGGGCACGAUCUCAGACCGCCCUCAAACAAAGAGUUGACAGAGCUAGAAAGAGGUUUGGUAAAGGAUAAGAUCAUUAUGGUGCCACUCAAGGAAAACAGUGCCUUAGCCAAAGGGAGCCCAUCAUCCCAAAGCAUCCCUGAGAAAAACUCCAAAAUGUCCUGUAGGACUGGCUCAUGUUCAGAACAAGAUGCCUGCUCCAGCAAGAACGGCCACGCCUCCCGGGAGUUCUGUCCCCGGGAGGUGACCGUGGAGCACACCACAAACGUCCUCGAGGACCACUCUUUCACAGAGUUCAUGGGAGCGUCAGACGGGAAUGAUUUCGAGGCUCUGACAGACUCUGCUGCUGGAGAGAUUUCAAGUAGGAAGAACCUACCAAAUAAAAUGGACAGUGAGAGCGUCUCAGAUGAGCCCCAGGACCCUGGCCAGCCGCAUUCCUUGGCAGACAAUGACCAGGGGAGCAGGACCUCGACUACGCGGUGAAAGACAGCAAGCACUUCCUCCGCAGGCCCCAGCACCUUCGUCCGGGGUCUUCCUCAAAAACACCAGCCUCAUCUUUAAAACAUGCUGCACCCAGCAGGACCUCACACCAGCAUGGAGAAGCCAUGCACUACCUGGGCCACCACCUCUCCCCUCCUGAGCGAGGAGCAGCAGCAGAGCUUUGCCACCUGGGUGAAUCGACAGCUUCUGCUUCUUCCAAAAGGCCAGAAAACCGAAAAUCCUGGAUUCCAUAAGUGGCAGUAUUUUUGUUUGCACUUACUACACACCGCACUGUGUAGAAACCUCCACAGAGUCAAACAGACUUAUUCUUGUACAAUUUUAAUCAGUUCUUACUGUAGAAUCUGGAGUCAAUACUCUAAUGUGGGUUUUUUAUAAAUAAUAUAUAAUAUGUAUAUGAAAUGUAUCUAUAGUAUGUCUGUUCUGGGACAGACAGAACUGCACACUAAAAUGCAGAUAAAAUGGUUUGUAGAAAUCAUAAGGUACUGGACUUUGUUACAAAGCACCUUGGGCGACCUCGUAUACACGAGCAGAUGAGAGACAUUUCAUUGCCUAAGAAUGAGGUUGCAAAUCCCUCUGCAGAAAAGGUUACAGAAUGCCGUUCUUUAUAACCAAAGAACUUCUAUAUGACUGACCGAUUUUGCUGUCCACUCUUGUUUCCUGUGUACAUAUAUGUUUGACUGCAAGUUUGGUGCCAUACUCCCCUUGGCUACCAGGCCACGUGCUGCCGUUCUGUCCUGUUUCAUAAGCACACUGAAAACUCCCACAGCUGUGUUCUUUGGUCUUCCACCUGGCCUGCCACCUGCUGACCUGACAUUGUAUUAUAACCGUUGCCGGUGACUGGGGCUCUGCCUCCAGCAUUUCUCAUACCUUGGUCCAGCCCAGCAAGGCAGGCAGAGUGCGGAAAGCAGUAUUACUGUAGAAACACAAGGGCAUACCAAGAAUUGGAUUGGGGUGGGGGAGGGGGUGUGGAUUUUUGUCUCUUCGUGGUUUUGUUUGGAUUGGUAGGUUUCAUUGUGGUAUGGUUUUUACUGUUGCUAUUGUACUUAAUUCUGGAAAAUGCUGAAGAGUUGGAAUGAGCUGUAAAGUUCACAGGUAUCCACUUCACCGUGUUUGCAGGAGACGAUUGAAUACAGAUGACUGCUGUCCCUGUCUCCAUUUGGAAAAUGCUCCUGCUAAUGGAGACAUGGAGAGGAGCGUGUGUGCAGAAGGUGUUACAAAGGUGCUUUAUGUGCCUGUUCUGAAGAUGCCUGUGCAGCUGGCCUGGAGGACAGCAGUCGGUGUGUGUGAGAGCGAGGGACGGUGCACAGCCCUCUGCACCUUCGUUCUUUAAGUUCUUAGCAUCAGUAAGUGAGUAAGAUAUUGGAGACUUUAAUGAAAAGCUGCUGUUCAUGAUUUUUGUGUAUAGUGAGCUGACUGUAGUAUUUUACUAUUGUCUGUUUUGAAAAAGAAAAACUGUAAUUUAUAUCCCCUUUCAACUUGAUCGUAUUUAAUUGGUACAGAUUGUGUGUGUGUGUGUUUUAGAAUACAGACGGUCUAAUUCAGGUUUUAAAA